AUGCGGAAGGCGGACGAUGUCACACCCUGGUAUUAUGUUGUAUGCAAUAGGGAAGGCCAGAAAAAGUCGAACGAGGAUGACCAAUUGAAUGCACGGUCUGGUUUUUCUAUGAAGCGUAGACGGUUAUCCAAGCGUUGUGGUUGUAAAGCGGGUAUUUCGUUCAAGUUCUUCUCUGAAGGAAGAUUAGCAGGUUAUAUUAUUCAGGAGUUCAGCGAGCCUCAUAACCAUUAUAUGGUUGAGUCAGAGCAUCAGCAAUAUAUGGCAAUUAAUCGAAAGUUGGAUGAUGUACAUCACAAAUUCAUUCUUGAUUGUUCCAAGGCAAAUAUAGGCCCCACACUUACCUUUAAGGUGUUGAAGGAAAUUCUCGGAGGGUUUGACCUUGUCGGUUGCACUGUCGGGGAUAUCAGGAAUGCUUCUCGAGACAUUAAAUCAUACGCUCAUGGAUUCGAUGUGCAAAUGGUGUUGGAUGAUAUGGCUAAGAAGAAGGAAAUGUCCGAGGCGUUCACAUAUCAUUACGAAGUUAAUGCUACCAACCAGUUGGUUGCUCUCUUUUGGUGUGACGGUUUGAUAAAGAGGAAUUACCACAUGUUUGGUGAUAUUGUGGCCUUUGACUCCAUGUACAACACAAACAGGUAUUGUAUGAUCUUCACUCAUUUCACGGGAAAGGACAAUCAUGGAAUGCCUGUAACCUUCACCGCCGGAUUGGUAUGCAACGAGAAAACAGGGGCAUUUGCUUGGUUGUUCAGACAUUUCGUUGAAUGCAUGGGUGUAGCACCCAAGAUGAACGUGACAGAUCAAGACUUGGGCAUGAGAUCAGCUAUUGAAGAGAUUCUUGUUGGCACUCGACACUGA